AUGGCCUUUAACUUCAACUGGUCGCCGCUCACGGCCGACGCCGAGUUCUACAAGCGCGCCCGCGAGAUGCUUACAACGGCUCUGAACAAAUCGCCGAAGCCCCCGAUCAUCGUCGAUGACAUCCUCGUUACCGAGUUCAACCUGGGCUCCGUGCCCCCCGAACUAGAAAUUCUCGAGAUUGGCGACAUAGCGGAGGAUAGAUUUCGCGGCAUCUUCAAAAUGUGCUAUUCUGGCGACGCUUUCCUGACACUGAAGACUCGGGUUCAGAUCUUCCCUGCACGCGAAAGUUUGGAGGCGAAGCUCGGUGCCGCGGCUACGGCAAUGACUUCAGCAUUGCCGCACUACAACGACCAUGCACAAUUCCAACUCCGAUACAUUCCCGAUUCAGUGCGGGCAAAUCCAUUGAAUACCUAUCUGUAUUCUAAGCCGACUUUUACAUCUCCGCAACCAUUGGCGGCGGCAUCGGGUUUGACAAUCCCGUUAUCGAUAACUUUGUCCGAAAUCAAACUUUCAGCUUUCAUUAUCCUAGUCUUCUCCAGGCAAAAAGGUCUUACCCUGGUCUUCCGCAAUGAUCCGCUCGAGUCGCUUAAGGUCUCUUCGACCUUUGAUUCGAUCCAGUUUGUGCGCGAUUAUUUGCAACGCACAAUUGAGGCCCAAUUGAGAAACCUGAUGAUGGAUGAGCUCCCUGCAAUUAUUCACCGCUUAUCUUUGCGUUUGUGGUGCCCUGACGCAGUGCCGAAGGAAGAGGAGGCGCCGAAGGAAAACACGGACGAGACCGUGGUGGACCCCCUGGCAAGCCCGCCUUUAGACCCUGUCGAUGCGAAUGGCAACCUUCUCGACGCCAAUGAUGUUUCGUCGUUGUCCCUAGAAGGCGGGCCCGAGGUCCAGUCUCUCUUCUCGCAGAAGAAUCUGCUGAGACUUGCAGCAUUGAACGACUCACACCGCACAUUCUCUCUUUUCACGCCGGGUAUCCGCGAUGUGGUGUUCCGGGCUUGGACGGGGCCUGCAGUGUCCGAACCAAGUAGCACCCCACCGACGGCAACCCCAAGCCUGUCUAAGACCAAUUCAUUCCAUGGCACGUCAACAACUUACACCUUCUCCGACACAGGUAGCGCCGCCCACGGCCACCUACCUUCCCGGCCGUCGAUGGUGAGCCUCAACUCGGCCACCACUGGACUGUCCUUGGGUGCCGGCACAAGAACAAAAUCCUAUGCUGGCCGCAAGAAGAAGACCAGAGUCGUCAACCUCCGCCGUUCCAAGAACGAAGUUGGGUCUACUCCCGAGGGUAGCGAUACCUAUUCGGAUAUGGCAUCUGACUCCGCAUCUGUGGCUGGUCCCUCAACCGAGCCUCUUAUGUCCAGCUCCAUUGCCGAGGAUCCAGAAGAGCAGGAGGCACUGGCUGAGUUGGCCAACUCCACUCCGAGCAAAGUUCGCUUCAGCCCUGUGGAGAGGCCGCAUCUACUUUCAAGACCUCCCCUGCAGCCAGAUUUCCACACUACGCCCACGGAGGUUCCAAGCGUGCCUAUCAAGCUGGAUGGUGAGCGCGAUACUGAAACCACGCCCAGGCCCCAGCCUGCGGCGGAGGCAAAAGCUUUCCCUAGUGAGAAGGGCACUGCCUCAGAUACCUCGUCUGUCUACGAGCAGGCUUGGAUCAUGAAGAUGGCUGGUGAAAUCGCUCGCCGUGUCUACGAUGAGAAGAACCGCCAGCAAAACAUGUGGGAUGAGAGGGAAGAUGUUCCCCCUCCUGCCUACGAGGCGUCCACUUAA